UGUUUUGCCCAGAUAACUCUCAUAUCUGCUUGCUGCUCAUUGGGAAGAUGCAAGUGUAUGCACUUGCUAAUUCACUGAUGUGCAAACAUCCUGUGUGAAAUGGUAUCUGUUUCAGGAAGGAUGUGCUCAUGGAUCCAUUUCUGCAUCUUAUUCCAGGAUCCAUAAAUUCAAUAAAAACCUAAGAGAAUCUGAACAGUAAAAAAGGAGAAACGAUUGGAAGACAGCAGCAUAUACUAUUUCUUUAACAUAUGUAGUCUGUGUUCAUUUUAAAAGUGUAGGGUUGCAUGUAUUCAUAGUAAGAAAAAUAUAUAGGCAAGCCAUCUGCACUGGUCUCCAGAAUUUAUGUAGAAUUCAGUUUUGGCUACACCAAAAUACAACUCAGUAUAGUGCAGAGACACCAAGUCACAAGCGAAGAAGAAAUGCUAUACUGUUGGCUGCAUAAAAAGAAUUGUAUCCUUACUAAAUAUAUAAACAUGUGCAAUAAUUUAAUACAGAGCAGCAAACAACCAGAUUGUAAAAACUGCAAUUUAAUACAAAGCAGCAAACAACCAGAUUGUAAAAACUGCACCCUAUCUAGGAACAUCAAAAAGGAUACUCAUCCAUUGCAAUUCUUGCCAUGGGAACUUAAAACCCUGACCUCUUGUCAAACAAAAAGUUGCUUUUAUUUAUAUGAGGAUUUCUGAAUACAGAUCAUAUAUUAAACAUUAAACAUACAUUGAAGCUCAACUGGUCCAACAUUUUGAUUCCCAGCACACUGAAAGAUAUUUUAAAUUCUGUGUCCUGUAUAAAUAUAGAUCAUAGACAUCAAGAACCACUUAUUACAAAUGGAAAUGGAAUUAAUAUGUUUCAAACAUUUGAGUCCCUUGGGUUAAAUCAGGCAAUAGAUUUCUCAAGCUUGUUAUGAUUUAAAAACAAAUAGCAGUGUUUUUUUAAAUCACUUCUUUUUAUGUAGCCAAUAGUAUAGCGUUUCUUGUUUGCAUUCAGUCUGGGGGAAAGCUAAGCCUUUGUACCUGAACUGCCCAAGCAACAAGACCUGUUCUGGCCAAUUUGUGCCUGAAAGAGCUGAAGGCUAUGUUACAGCAGCAUGUUUGAAGUAGGCAAUUGGACUCCUGUUUUCUGCACAGAGGAAAAAAACUACAACCACCUUUCCAUUUGCAUCACAGGAAAUGAGAGCAGAUUGUGGUUUUUCAGCAGUUAGUGGCACUUCUGUAGCUAUAAACUAUCAAGCUAAUCUUUAUAUCAGGGGAGGGUCCUGUUACUUGGAUUUUAAGAAUUGCACAAGUACAGCCCAGGGCAACCUGUUGCCUGUAAAAUCUUGAAGCAAGGGCUGAACACUGUUUAAGAAGAGUCAGGAGUUAUACUUUCAGCGUGCCUUGUCAAAGGAAUAGGGCUGGACUUGUGCUGAAUGUGAACUAAGGUCUUGCAUACAAUGGUUGCAACCUAAAGACCUGAAAUUAGACUCUGUGCUGCCAUAAGAUUCUGCUGGCAUCUCCAUCUCACGACAGGUAAGUGAUUCCCACUCUUGGGCUUACAGUACAGAAUAUUAUUUAAAUAAUAAACAGGAUCAUUACAGCUGCACACUAGUCUGGAAAUGCAAGGAUGGCAGCCGCUUGCACAACAUCUUGGCUUAGUAGCACUUGAAAGACCAUGGUUGCUAUUCUAUAGAUGUCUCACCUAAAAUAUGCCCAUGAGUGCUUCUGUGGCCAUGAUGUUCUUAAUACUGGCAAUGCAUUAAAUGGAGUUCAGGACAUUUGAUGCAAUGCCUUACAGAGAGUUCAUUGUAUACAUUCAAAGGACAAGAAGGAUAGGAAACAUUUUGUCAAUAAAUCAAGGUUGAGUUAGGGAAUGGUUUGCUAAGGGAAUCUCAAGGGACAUCCAGACAAGAGGGAACUUAGUUAAUGCAUGAAAAACACGCACUGCUCCAGAUACUAGAAACAUGACAGAUUAGUGUGGUAAAGAAAAGCAACUGUCAAGCUGGUCCAUUGACAGCAAACAGCCUUUCCUUAGUUAAUCUCACGUUUAUUCUAGGGGAAAGGACACAAAUUGAUAUUCUACUCUGCUCAUUAGUAGCAAAGAGGGGAUCCUUCAGCAUAUGCAAACACCCACCCACCCCCAAUCAAUGAGCAAACAUCAUCUUCUAAACACUCAAUACCAUGAUUUGGUCUUCCAAGUCACAGAGCAUGAACCAAACCUCUAUCACUCCGUGCUUUAGGAAGGGACAUUGUGAUUGGCAUGCAGUAAGUUCUUGGUUCAGUUCUUCACAUCCCCAAUUAAAGCUUCCUUGGCAGCAGAAGGCCAGAUAGCUCUCUACACAUUCCUGUGGGAUUAAUUAUCUUUCACUGGACUAGUGGCUUCAUGAUUUCCUGUUUUUGUGCUUUCUAAGGUUAGCUACUUCCUGCAUCCAUUACUGCCUGUCUUCAGGUAGAACAAACAUUUAUUGAUCUUAACUCAGAUAAAAACAUAUAUUCUUCCCACUUAGCAGUACCAGGUGACAGCUUGGCUCAGUUUGUAGUGUUCUGUUCCACAUAAUUUUCUACCUGCUUUUUUUAAAAGGCCUCGCUCUGCACUGUACUAGUACACUGCCGUUGCUUAAACACACCAGUUGGCUGAGGAUGAUAAUGGGAAGCUUGUUCAGCAGGAGGAAACCAGUCCCACAAAACCACCAACCCACUGGCUGUGGUCCAAGACAUACAGCAAUUGCAAUAUGUAACUUCCCUCCUGGCCCAGCAGAGCAGAUACUACAGAUGGGGGAACAACUGCAUCUGCUGUCCCAGUGGCUCUAUGAUGGCAUCAGCAGGGAAAAAGCCGAGGAGCUAUUGAUGAUGCCUUCCAACCGUGACGGCUCCUUCCUGAUAAGGAAAAGUCAAAUGAGGAAAGGGUGCUAUGCCUUGUCUGUCAGACAUGCACAGCAUGGAGGCUGGGAUUCUGUGAAACACUACCGUAUUAACUGCCUGGAAAACAACUGGAUUUACAUCACUUGCCAUCUCACUUUUCCCCACUUGCAGGAUUUGGUGGACUAUUAUUCUGAUAGUCAGGAUGGCUUAUGUUGCCGCCUGCAGGAACCAUGCUUCAUCCAAGGCUCUGACUCAGGCUUGCUACCCAGCCUUUCAAAACCAGUGACAGUGAAACAGUCAAACCUCAACUGGCAGGAGAUCAACAGUUCAGAGCUGCUGUCAGAGAACCUACUGCCAGAGGACUCUCCAAUCAGUCUGGGACUGCGGGACGCCAUCAAUUCUUACGUGUUAGUGACUGAAGACUUGCCCUUAGAGACCAGAUCUACCAGAAAGGGGAAGAAAUGCAAAGACAUUUGAUCACCUUUGGGAACCACUUGUUUCAUGGAACUUGAAUACAGAAGAUCCACCAUCAUUUAUAACACUUUAUUAAAUGCAGGAGAACCAGAAUUUGAGCUAACUUCCAGAAAGAUGCUCUUUAGCCCAAAAUACUGCAUUUAUUUUUUUCCCACUUAAUACCAAAAUAACUUUAAAAAAUUAUGAUUCGCAAGAGACCUCUCGUGUUUUUGAUUCGGAGGGUGUCUUGAGAGCUGUGUUACCAAAACACCCAGCAGAUAUCUAAUCUUGGUGAACAAGAAUCACACAAAAGUAUUCAUUUAAAAUGCAGGAAUAGCAAAGCAAUGGAACAUUUGAUAAAUCUAAUUCCUAUCUCCUUGCAUACACUAUUGCUUCUUUGACUACUGAGAGCCCUGUCCCACUGUACCAACUUGCACACAGUAUUCACUCUUGGAGGGAUGUUUAGAAUUGUCCAAGUGGCAACAGGUUCAAGGGUGGAUUCCUAGCUUAGCCCACUGCAUAACCUGUGCCUUAAAGUCCAUGGAUUUGCAGUUUAGAGGCAGCUUGCAAGUGGUUUAGAGGCUGCUAUUUACUUUUCAGCUGCUUCUAGAGAAAGUCAGUGUUAUCAGGAUCACUCUAUUAGAGAGGUCUGUAAAUGAGUAAUUUAUAUCCUCCAUUCUUUUGAAGGAAAGUGAGGGUACCUUACAUAGGGCUUAGCCCAUUUUACCUUCCAAAUUGCCUUUGAAAGGGUAGUAAUCUGAGAUGUAAACUAAAUGGCCUUGGGCAAAUAACUGCUUCAGGGGUUAAUGGGGAUUUUCGGCUCCAAGUCAACAUAGAAUACCUGCUCUAUCUGAUCCCGGCUGUUUGGUAUGUAUCUCACCCUGUGACUUCUGGCCAAGAAAAAGGAAGGUAUACUGUCCAAGUUUAAAAACCAAGGUAUUUUAUGGUUCAUUUCAAAGCAAGAGCUACUACAUAAGAUCAUUUGUAAAAUGUAAUUCCAAGGGUGUAAUUUAUGUUAUAAAAUGUCUCUGUGGCUCAAUCUACAUAGGGGUGACCACAAGAUCAAUCAAAACACGUGUAAGUGACUAUGCAGGCUGUGUCCACAUUUUGUGGCCUUGAACCAAGAAAAAGGAAGGAACAAGACUCAAAGACCCACUGUCCCUGCACUGACAGUCAUUGUCAACUACAUUACAAAACAACUGAGGGACUAAGCUUAACAGCUUAAGAUCAUACACUCUUGCAUGACCAAUCUGAACAUUAACGUCAAACAAGUAUAUUGUCUUUAACCCUACUAGACAUGGAAACUUUCCUAUUCCUCAAGUAUUGCACUGAAGGAAAAGAGUUAGUUUCAUCAGAAACAUUUGCAGGAAUGAACAGGUUUCUUCCCUGAGGACAAGGAGCAUUAUGAACAAAAUGCAGAAAGCGGAAGGAAAGUAAAACUGGCUCUUAUGCUGCAACAAGCCACCACCAGGAAAAUAAAGCAGUUUUACUAUAUUUCUUUUUUUCACUGCAGGCCACUGUACCGAACUGCAUUUGCUGAUGAGUACUUAUCUAUUAGAGGCUUCUGAGGACAAGAGAAUGGAAGACCCAGUUGCCAGGCAUACAGUAACCUCUCUAACUACAGUUACAGGGAAAGUCAUGUCAUAGAAUCAUAGGCCUUUUCUGCACUGGUAAAACAUUG